AAAAGAUUUAGCACUAAAUUAUAUUCCAUAUGAUUUUAUAACCAUUUUUAACUCAAUUAACCUUUCUUUUCAAUCGCCUGUUUCAAAAAAACAACAUGUUAUUUUUGUAUUUAUAUAAAAUCGACAUCUGAUAAACAAUAUAUCACCAAUGUUUAUUUUUCAACAAUGCUUAUACUAACAAUUCUACGACGUUAGAUGUCAUUAGAUUUUUUUUUUUCAAUUGUAUGAUUUUUUUCUAAAUUAUUAGUGAAAGUGUGGUUAUUUAAAAAAAAAAAACAUUUCAAGGUUUAUUUUACUCAAGAUAACGGGAUUAGUUGUAAAGUUUUACUGUACUACAAAGUUAACUCGAAUCCGUUGUGUGAAUAUAAUAUUUUUAUAAUAAUGACAAAGAUUUCAUUAUUGUUCAUAUUCGUUUUAUUAGUAAUUAUAACAACAUUUGCGCAAACACAAAAAAUACCAUCAGGGUUGUCCAAUGAGAAAGUAUAUUUAAUCAAAUACAUUAAUAACAAUAAUGGUUUGAAUGGAAAAUACAAUUUUACUUAUGAAUUAUCUGAUGGAACAAAACGUUACGAAGAAGGAUUUCUACAAUUUCCAGGAACAAAAUAUGAAGCGUAUAGUGUACAAGGAUAUUUUGUAUUUGUUACAGAUGGGAAUGAGUACAGAGUUAAUUAUUUAGCUGAUGAAAAUGGUUUUCAACCACAAGGAGCACAUAUACCAAGGUAUAACGAUAUUAUACGAACACCAAAGCGUGAUUAUCGCCAGACAUAAUUUUAAUUCAAUUAAAACAUCAUUGUUAAAAGUUCGAAAAUUUUCAG